AGGGCUCGGCAGGGCUCGGCAGGGCUCGGCAUGGGUUCGGAGGCGGCGGCGGCGGGGGGCCUGCGGGCCUGCGGCCAGGACCAGCUGCUGCACUUCUGGGCCGAGCUGAGCCCGGGCCAGCGGGGAGCCCUGCUGCGGGACCUCGCCCCGCUGCAGCCCGGCCUGCUGCGGGAACACUGCCGGGACGCCCGCCGGGCCUGGGCCCGCCUCCGGGACCCCCCCGGGCGGCCCCCGCUGGACGGCAGGAUGCAGCCCGUGCCCCCCGACUUCCUGGGCAGCGUCCGCCGCGCCGGCCCCGACACCCUCCGCGCCUGGGAGCGGGAAGGGUUCCACCAGAUCGCCCAGAACAAGGUGGCCGUGCUGCUGCUGGCGGGGGGACAGGGGACCCGUCUUGGGGUGACGUACCCCAAGGGGAUGUACAACGUGGGGCUGCCCAGCGGGAAGACCCUCUACCAGAUCCAGGCCGAGAGGAUUCGCAAGGUGGAGGAGCUGGCCGGGCAGAGGUUUGGCGGCAGAUGUACCGUGCCCUGGUACAUCAUGACGAGCGAGUUCACCCUGGGGCCCACGGCCCAGUUCUUCGAGGAGCACGGCUACUUCGGCCUGGACCCGUCCAACGUGGUCAUGUUCGAGCAGAGGAUGCUGCCCGCCGUGACCUUCGACGGCAAGGCCAUCCUGGAACGGAAGGACAAAGUAGCGAUGGCCCCAGAUGGCAAUGGAGGCUUAUACCGGGCCCUUGAGGACAACAGAAUUCUGGAGGAUAUGGAGCAACGGGGCAUCCAGUACGUUCACGUUUACUGUGUGGACAACAUCCUCGUCAAAAUGGCCGACCCCGUCUUCAUCGGCUUCUGCGUGCUGCGGGGGGCGGAUUGUGGAGCCAAAGUGGUGGAGAAGGCCUACCCCACGGAGCCCGUGGGGGUCGUGUGCCAGGUGGACGGGGUCUACCAGGUGGUGGAGUACAGCGAGGUCGGGCCGGAGACCGCCCGGGCCCUCAACGCCGACGGCAGCCUGGUCUACAACGCCGGCAAUAUCUGCAACCAUUUCUUCACCCGCGACUUCCUGGAGACCGUUACUCGGGAAUUUGAGCCGUUGCUGCAGCCUCACGUAGCCGUCAAGAAAGUCCCCUAUGUGGAUAAGGAGGGAAACCUGGUGAAGCCGGAAAAACCCAACGGGAUAAAGAUGGAGAAGUUUGUGUUUGACGUGUUCCAGUUCGCUAAGAACUUCGUUGCCUUCGAGGUCCUCCGGGAAGAGGAGUUCUCGCCCUUAAAAAACGCCGACCCGGCCGACAAAGACAGCCCGACCACCGCCCGCCGGGCCCUGCUCUGUCAGCACUACCGCUGGGCUGUGGGAGCCGGGGCCCGCUUCCCUCAGGGAAGCCAUCCCAGGGUCUCGCCGGACCAGGACCCGAUGCCGGGAGCCCAAGAGCCACCUGCUAUCUGUGAGAUUUCGCCGCUGGUGUCUUAUUUCGGAGAGGGUUUAGAGACGUACCUGAAGGAUAAAGAUCUCCAGUCGCCGUUCAUACUCGACGAGCACAAGGCGAAGAUGUUAGCCACGGCUUGAAUGGUUCGAAAGUCUCCUCCUGGAAUUUGGUCGCUCAAGUGCCUUUAAUUUUGCUGGAAAGAACUCGACCACAGGGCCUUUCUGCAGGGCGCCGAAUUCUAGAAGAGUUUAUGUCUUUUGCUAGUUCUGAUCUCAUGGGAUGUUUUUGCAAAUGAAAGUCGACUCUGGGAUGAAAUUCCCGUGUUCCGCCGAUAGUUACUAAUCUUUUAGUGAUUGGCCCUCGGAUUAAUCUCAUUAAUUGGAUUAUCUGGGUGUUUCCAUUUUCCGUGCUGGCUCUGUCCUUUACCUCAGCCGAUCAAGGAAGGUCAUAAACUUCUCCUCAGUGAACUGCUAGGCUUAGAAACAUUAAGUAGCAUCCGUUGCUUGACCUUCUAAGCAGUUCUUUUUUGAGGGACCUAUUUUUAAGGAAUGUGGGGAAGGAGAAUUUGGAUUUUUUUUUUCUUUGUAAAGGAUUUCAGAUAGGGAAGAGAAAUACCGAUCGAAUACAUCUCUCUUUCGUGAACCCGUGAUGGGUUUCUGGUAGUUUGGAAGCUCCUCGAGGGGCAGGGACCUCAUCUGCUCCCGGACAUCUCAUAGAGUGCUCUGUCCCCAGGAGAUUUUGAAGAUGAUGUUGGUGGGUCCCGAUCUCCCCUCGAAAGACCAAUAGAUUCCCAACUUGCAUUAAGGUUAGGGAUUAGGUCUACCAACUCCGUUGCAUGGUGCUCUCCCAGUGUCCUGCGCACGGUAUGCGCUCCGUAAAGACCCCUAUCCAUUGGUCAGUGGAGGCUUUUCACGCCCCUGGCCUUGGACAUGGAGAAAUCCCCUUUUCACCCUGGGGAAAGAUUCGGGGAAUCGUUCCUUUGAUAAACCAGGCCGGAAACUGGGAGUAGCCGUGCAGGAUGCAGAGAAGGUAGGCCUAAGAGAUGGCUAUUUUUCUCCCCAUUUAGAAUCCUUUGUUUUCCACGCGGAGACCUCAGUGGACCGACCACUUGGAUGGUUUAUCUCGUACGGCCUAUUUGUAGUUGAGUUCCCGGUGGCGGGAAAGAAAUGAGACAGGUCCACCUAGAAGGGCCGGGACAUUUGUGCAGCCAAUAUUACCCUGCUGAGGAGGCGAUUUGUUUUUGACCUCCGGUCUCCAUUCCAUAAAAUGAAGGUUCCAUGUACUUAGCCGUGAGCCCUAUGUGGGACAGGGACUGAAUCUAACCCGAUUUUCUCGUAGCUACCCCGGCGCUCAGUACCGUGCUUGGAAUAUAUCGGCGCUUACUGGAUAUUGUUUUGUUGUCUGUCUCCCCCUUCUAGCCCGUCGUUGAGUGGGGAUCGCCUCUAUCUGUUGCCCAAUUGUGCUUCCCAAGCGCUCAGUCCAGUGCUCUGCACAGAGUAAGCGCUCAGUAAAUGCGAUUGAAUGAGUGAAUGAACGAAUGCCAUAAAGAUUCCUGCCAGAGUG